AACGGCCCAAAUCCAAACGGCACAUUGUAUGGGUGUACACUCUCUCACACACGAUUACAGCUAACAAGGCUAAAACCCUUGCGAUUUGCGAAGUAGCAGACACUCGAAGCUGUUCUUCAUUUUCGGCAUCUCUCUGGUUAGACAAUGGCAUUUCUGAACAGAGUGGGCAAUGUUCUAAAACAAGCUGUCAGCAAGCAUGUUAGUUCACAAUAUCUGGCUCCGAGUGCCUCGAUUUUUCAGGCAGUGAGGAGCAUGUCUACCUCUGCAAAGCUCUUUGUUGGAGGCCUCUCUUAUAGCACUGAUGACACUAGUUUACAAGAAGCUUUUUCCCAGUAUGGAGAAGUGGUCGAAGCUAGAGUUAUUCUAGACCGUGAGACUGGUAGAUCCCGAGGAUUCGGCUUUAUUACCUUCACUUCAACUGAGGCCGCUAGUAGCGCCAUUCAGGCAUUUGAUGGCCAGGAUCUACAUGGACGAAGGGUUAGGGUGAAUUAUGCUACUGAAAAACCUCGUGGUGGUGGUUUUGGAGGCGGAUAUGGUGGUGGUGGUGGGGGUUAUGGAGGUGGGGGAUAUGGUGGUGGUGGAGGGGGAUAUGGUGGUGGAGGAUAUUCUGGUGGUGGGGGUUACGGAGGUGGACAGGGUGGUAACUAUGGGCGCGGAGGAUACCAAAGUGGUGGAGGUGGAUAUGGUGGUGGCAACCAAUAUCCUAGUCAAAGUGGUGGAUUUGGUGGUUCUGGUAACUACCCUAGUGGAGGAGAAGGUGCCUUUGGUGGUGGUGGUAACUCUGUACAAGCUGAUGGAAACUACAGCUCUAGUGGACAAACUGGCUUUUCUUCCUUCUCAGAUUUUGGGACAACUGGAGGUGCUGGUGAAAUUCCCGAAGCAGUGGGUGGUCAAACAGAAGCUGGAGACGUAGGUUUUGGGCAGGACAGUUUCGGUAAGGAGGACAAUGAGGAGGAGCCCAGUGAUUAUGCCAACACUCAGAAAUGAAGACGCUACCAAUAAUUGUAGGAGUGGUUGUCUCAUAAUGUGGAAAUAAGUUGAAAUUUUUCACUUUCUUGUGUCCCCAAUACUCGGGUGCCAUCAUAUAUGCUUCUUCAUUCCCAUUUCAGUAGACUUGUUGCAAGAAGGUGUUUCACGAACUUUUUUUGAGUUUAAGUGGAUUAUUUUUCUGAA